AUGUCCGCCGAUCUGCUCCAGAACUGCGACCUGCUGCCUCCGGCCAAGCUCUUCGGCCCCUUGCCUACCCUGCAGAGGCUGGAGAGUGCGGCGGGCGCGGACAACCACCACAAGGGCGACGGCGGCGGGGGCGGCAACGGCAGCCUGCUGCGAGCGCUGCGGCUGUUGCAGUCGUGGGCGCGCGAGGCGGAGGAGAAGCUGGCCGCGGCGGGCGCCAGCAACGGCGGCCUGGCCGCGCUGCUCCUGCGCGACUCGGCGGCGCUAUCCGCGCACCGACGGUGGGUCAUGAUGCUCGAGGCCGAUAACUCCGUUCUCAGAGCGGGAGGAGCCCCCGCCGGCGCGGACCCGGGGGAGGGCGAGGACGGCUCGGUGGGGGUGGCCGCCGCGUGGUGGGUGGCGCUCGCGGUCUACGGUGGCGUGAUUUGUCGGUAA